UAUAGCCCUAACCCGGGUUCUGCCCAGUGCGGCUGCAGCGUGUCGGGCUGGAGGUUGGGUGGGGGGUGAAAGUUCACCAUCAUGGCUCUCAUGUAUCAGGUGACAAUGUGGGAAAGUUGGACACCGCGAGCCGCUUAAAUCCAAACCAAAAACAAGGCUAAAGGAAAAGAAAAGAGCAUGACGAGUGAGAGAGUGUCGGCUGUGAGCGCAAAGGAAGAGGAGGACGCAGCUCUGGGUUAUUACGACGACGAAGACGACCUGGAGGCGUUUUCAGACGGAGAACUGGGCUGCGAGGACGGAGUGUUGGGCUUCAGUGAUUCUCUGAAUGGAGAGGUGAAACCUCGUAUCCUGUUGAUGGGUCUGCGGAGGAGUGGAAAGUCUUCCAUCCAGAAGGUGGUUUUUCAUAAAAUGUCACCCAAUGAAACCCUUUUUCUGGAGAGCACCAAUAAGAUCUGCAGGGAGGACGUCUCCAGCAGCUCCUUCGUCAGCUUCCAGAUCUGGGACUUCCCUGGCCAGAUCGACUUCUUCGAUCCCACCUUUGACUAUGAAAUGAUCUUCAGAGGCACUGGAGCGCUAAUCUUUGUCAUUGACUCACAGGAUGACUAUGUGGAGGCUCUGAGUAGACUGCAUCUCACAGUGACCAGAGCCUACAAAGUCAAUCCAGACAUCAACUUUGAGGUGUUCAUUCACAAAGUGGACGGCCUGUCAGACGACCAUAAGAUUGAGAAGCAGAGGGACAUUCACAAACGGGCCAACGAUGACCUUGCAGAUGCUGGCCUGGAACAAAUUCACCUGAGCUUCUAUUUAACCAGUAUAUACGACCACUCCAUAUUUGAGGCUUUCAGUAAAGUGGUGCAGAAGCUCAUCCCACAGUUGCCCACGCUGGAAAACCUGCUAAACAUCUUCAUAUCAGUGAGUAAUCCAUCUGCUGUGGCACACAGCCAGGCUGACACUGGAACAUGGAGAAUGUGUCUGGCCGGGCUACUGUAAGCCAAGCAGUGCUACUGAAUGACCUAAGUUUAUCUGAAAAUGAUAAUGAUGAAUGAUUUCCCCACAUUUUAAUCAUUAGGUUGGACUUAGUAUAUUACAUGUGCAUGUCCUCCUGCACUUUAUAAUCAAGACACUAGGUGGUAGUGAUACAUAACAGAUAUAGAAGUUACAGUGCAUGAAUGCAGACAUUGUAUGAAAUGCUACUACUGAAUUGUAAAAGAAGCAUUCAUUUAUGAAAAAACCAAAGCCUAUAAACUACUUUUGACAAUGCCUUCAUCACUGACUGUUACAUGCCUUUGGCCACUGCACUACCAAGGUGGCCAAACUCCUAUGGUUCUACUUUCUCACUGAUUCUAAUUGAUAACUGUAUUGCCAAACACCCCAUUUAUGUUAUAUACACUAAUCAGCCACAUGUAGGUGACUGGUUUUAAUUUUGGCUGAUCAGUGUAUGUCAUACUAUAUUGACAAACUUCUGCUGAUAUUAUUCAUUCAGUAACAGGCUUUACACAUUACAGUGGAAUUCUUGCUUGUUUUACUGUCCAAUGCUAAUUCAGCUGCCUGUUAGAUCAGCUUCAGUGUCACCUGCCAUGUGAAUAAGUACAUUCAGUGAGAAGAAAAAUUAAGUGAACCCUUUGGACUGAAUUUAUGUAUAGAUUAGUAUUAAAAUGGGUCAGUUCUUCAUCUAAGUUACAAUUAAUGAACAAACACAAUCU